GGGCCUCGGGUCUUGUUGCUACAGUGCUUGCAAUCCAUCAUAAUUUAAUUGUAAAUUUGCGAAAUUUUUCGCCUCGAAAUCACAGAAUGCGAAUAUCCCUCGAUAGAAAUUUUAGUCGGUGUUGAAUAUAUAUUAAAAUGUAAUGCAUUGCAGCAAGAUUUCUGAUCGCAUUUGCGAUAGUAAACAUGCGUAAAAUAAAAAAGAAUAAAACAUAAAUAAUAAAUAAAUAAAUAAUUAUAAUACGGGUUCUCUCUUUCUCUUAUAUUCAAAUUAAACGCAAUGUACAAGUCACAAUUUGUCGGUUUGGAUGAUAAGCCAUGUGAUACGAAAUGCUUAUUGUGUGAUUGCAUAUUUAUUCUUCCGACGAAUGAGACAGACCUUCUUACACACUUGUUUAAAGUGCACCGCCUCGUUAUAGCUGAUGUUUGGAAAAUAGCUAAUUUAAGAAGUUAUGUACAUUACUGGAGCACAAAGUUUAAAGAAGCAUCAUUGACGACCUAUUGUAGUACACUGUUAAUGGAUUGCACACCGGAUGGGCAACCAAGUAAAAAUGAGCAUUACUUUCUGCUUUCUGACUGUCUGUCGGAGGACAAGACUUUGAGAGAUGAGAUACAUCGAGCUAAACUAGAAUGGACAUUGGCGCAACAAGAAGCUGAGCGUGCAGAUAUCACUUUUAAGCGCGGUUGUAUAUUUUGCCGUACUGAAAUCUGUGGAUCACGUGCUGUGUACAUAAAACAUUUGUAUCAGAAGCACAAUCUUUAUCUUGGCAAGCCAGAAAACUUAGUAUUCGUGGAUGAGCUUCUAGACAAAAUUCAAAACAAUAUUGAAAGUUUAAUAUGCAUUUAUUGUGAGGGAACAUUUAAGGAUCGUAUGGUACUGAAAGAACAUAUGCGAAAAAAAUUUCACAAAAGUAUAAAUCCUCAUAAUAAAGCGUAUGAUAAAUUUUAUAUAAACAAUUAUUUAGAGCCAGAAAAGACUUGGGAACGAAAACAGGCUAAUUUAAAAACAAAAUCUGACAUAGGAGGUGGCAGUGAAAACGAGGAUGAAGAAAGUUCGUGGUCUGAUUGGAAUGAUGAAUCUAUCACAAUCACGUGUCUAUUUUGUAAUUAUAGCAACAAUGAAUUUACUUGUAUUCUGAGGCAUAUGAAAGAGGCUCAUAGUUUUGAUUUUGAAGAAACUGUCAAAGAUCUGACCUUUUACCAGAAAGUAAAAGUAGUCAAUUACAUAAAAAGACAAAUUCAAUUACAACGAUGUAUCUUCUGCGAAACAAAAUCGGACAAUGUCUUGGAACACAUGAAGAAUCAACAACAUUGUAAAAUUGCCACACAAAAAGUUUGGGAUCAACCAGAAUAUUAUUUUCCUAUGUCUGAAAAUGAUUCAUUUUUGUACAAUCUUGAUGCAACUAGUAACAGCGAUGAAGAAAGUGAUGUUGAAAAUCUUACUGAAGCAAUGUGUAAUUUAUAAAUGAUUUUCUGUGAAUAGAAGCUAAAUUUAUCCAAACUGAUUUUAUUCGAAAUUCUAUCAAUAAAUUUUUUGUUGACUCAUUUUGUGAAAUAUAAAUAUUACAUCCUUAUAUAUUAUAUAAGAUCUUGUACAUUUGUGGUUAUUAUCUAAUAAAUUUACCUAUAUUGCUUUUUA